AACGGUCUUAUUGAUGACAGACGUCCUGGUGUUUCUACAGGAAAAAGACCAAAGAUACUUCUUCCCAUGUCUGGACAAGUCCUCAGUGCUGUCCCUUCAGAACCUGAUAGUGAGGGAUAUAGCCAAUCAGGAGCGAGGCAUGUUCCUCAUCAGCGACUCCUCUCCUCCUGAGAUGUACGAGUUCCACGCUGCCUCCAAAGAAGAUAAGAACGUCUGGAUCCGCCACAUCCAGCGCACCGUCAGCAAGUGCCCAUCAAGAGAGGACUUCCCCCUCAUAGAGACGGAGCAGAAGGCCCACCUGAGGAGACUCAAAGGUCAGGAGACGGACAUUAUGACACACUCAAAGCAGCAUUUACUGUAUGAAUCAUCAAUGUUUAGGUCCGACUUUUCAUUCUGUUUCAUGAAUUCUUAUUUUGUCCUAAAGACUAAUAUCUAUAUUAAAUCAGACAUAUUUUCAGCUCUUUUGUAAGUUUUACGUUGUGUCAUAUUAGCUCUUUUCUCUCUAAGAGGGAGGGAGUUUCCUUCCCCUAGCCAACCAGCAGACACCACUGUUAGUUGCAGUGGCGAGCCGUGACUUUUAUACCUAGGCCCUCUGAUCCCCCCUUCCCUCGAAAAAAAAGGAAAAAAA